CUUGAAGUAGAAAAACUACAAACUGACCGGUUGUCCUAAGGAGAGGGUCCAUUCGGCUUCUCUAUCUGCCAGCAGGCAGCCAAAAUGUUGGCCAUCCUGUCUGUGCUGUUUUUAUUCCUUCCUAAUCCGGUUUGUGGCGUUUUUCAGAAACUUUACUGCAGCAUAUCAGAAAGCUGUGACUGCGACUUUAAGCCAAAUAUCAGAGACCUGGAGUGGGAUCUCUACAAGAAUGUUUAUGGACAACAUCUGGCCCAGGAGAUUGUGUCAGAGGAGGUGGCCAGGUUCCUUCAGAAUAAAAGCCCUGAGCGGCCCCUGGUGCUGUCCUUCCAUGGCUCCUCUGGGACAGGAAAGACACUCGUCAGCUCCAUGCUGGGAAAUCACCUGUACGGCUCGGCGAUGAGCAGCCCGUACGUCCACCAGUUUGUUCCCACGCUGCACUUCUCCUUACCUGACCGGGUCAAGGAGUACAGGGAGGAGUUGAAGGGUUGGGUGCAGGGGAACCUGACGGAGUGCGCUCGCUCCGUCUUCUUUUUCGAGGAGAUGGAGAAGAUGCCUCCGGGUCUCAUCGACGUCUUGGAGCCCUUCCUGGGUCCUUCCCACAUUGUGUUUCGCACUAACUACCGCAAGGCUAUCUACGUCUUCAUCAGCACCACAGGAGAGGAGGUGAUUAAUAAAUUGGCUCUGGAGAGCCGGCAGGCCGGACGGGACAGGGAGGAGAUCAGGUUGGCCGAGUUGCAGGAAGCCAUCGCACGGGCGGUUUACAACAGCACAACAAGCGGCUUCUUCCAGUCCAGCAUCAUCCAGCAGAAGCUCAUCACGCGCUACGUUCCAUUCCUGCCGCUGAGCCGACGCCACGUGGAGCGCUGCGUCCGCUCGCAGCUCUGCCAGCGGGGCAGCUGCGACCGCAGUGACGUGGUGGAGGCAGUAGGGGGCGACAUGACCUACACUCCCGUUCAGGGACAAUACUUCUCCAGCACCGGCUGCAAGGCCGUCUCCGCCAAAAUCAACCUCUUCCUGUGAGCCGAGUGAACUGUUGAUUUUUUUUUUUGUAAGGACUAAAAGGGAAACUCCUUCUGCGGUGAGUCAGUGAAGAGAAACAGAUCUCUGAGUCUGUUUCUCCCACAUGGAGUUAAGAGCAGCAUCAAGGACGCCCCCUGCACUUGGAAUCAAGAGGAAUUGAACUCUCAGCUUCCCAAAUUCAGCGCAGCUUUGUGCUGUCAGUGCAGAGGUUCUCUGACGGCAUCCUCGGUAUGCACACAAGAGGUUAUUCUCUGAACAUUAGUCAGUGUCUAGACCAGGAGUCAUGCCACGCUCUACCUCAAACCCAACUCUUCAGUUAAUUUCUGAACUCUAAAGUUACAGGUACAAUGCGAUAUCCUGCAUGCAGCAAUUAAACAGGGAGAUGAAAUCUCAACCUUGUAUUUCUGAAAUGUUGACUUUUCAUGAACUUGAAAAUGGGAAUAUUAGCUGGAUUGGGAUACCCAUUUGGCUUUAUUUAAAGAGUUGGAAAGUGAGCACAUGAACUUACUUAACUUGUGUGAAAGUGUAAAAAAAAAAAAAGAAUCACAAAUACAAGUUUUCAUUUAGCUUUAAGUUAUUAUGUAAUGCCAUGUGAUAUUGAGAAAUGUAAGUAAUAUUGCCAGAGAUUUAAGGGAAGAGAUUUCGAGCCAAUGUUUUGGCUCAUAACAGCAUUGGUUCUCAACCAAAUCCAAUAGUUAAUAUAAUAAAGCAAAAUACAAUGAUUACAACUUUUGCUACCAAUAAGUCCUUGAUUAGAACCUAAUUAUCACUAAACGAUCAGCUUCCUCAUUAAAUGUAACUUAUGACUUCACUCAGCAAUGUUUAGGUUUCCUCUAAAUCAUCAGCAUCCAACGUGUUGUAUCAAACAAUAGACAUUAUGUAUUUAACAUGUACAAAGUCCAUUAGUAUUUAUCCUCUGGAAGGCUGUAUUGGGACUCAAGAUACUGACAUGUCUAUUAAAAAAAA